AUGCCCCGCCCGGCCGCGCGGGGGCGCUCGCGCUCGCCGCUCCCCCAUUGGCGCAGCGCGGCCGCAGCGCCCCCGCCCCGCGCUGUGCGGCUCCUCACGUCCUCACGGCCCCGCCCCGCCCCCGACGGGCACCGCGCGCCGCCAAUCAGAGCCCGCCCGGCGCACGCCUCGCCCAAUGGCGACCGGGGGCGGGCCGCCGGCAGCGGAAGGCCGCGUGCGAUUGGCGGAAAGCGCCUGAGCGACGGGAGCGCUCCCCGCUGCCCCGCCCGUCGGUGGGCGGGCCGCCUCUCCGCCGCACCGGCCAAUCAGCGCCCGCGCUCGCCUUGUUAUUCGGCGAUCGGCCUCGCCACUGGCCGGACCCGCCGUCCGUCCCCGGCGGCGCGGCCAAUGGGCGCGAGGGCGGCGCCGCGCUCGGCCAAUGGGCGCGGCGGGGAGGCGGGCGCAGGUGGUGGCCGCGGGGCGCUGCGCUCGCCUGGGCGCCCCCCCCCCCUUCGCUGCGCCCCCCGCGCCGCCGAGGGCCCCGCGCGCAGGCGUGGAUCAAUGGCGAUCCCGGGGGUUCGGCUCGGGGCCCUGGGUUGGGGGCGAGCAGAAGCUGCCGCUGGCUCCGUGAUUCGUCUGGGGCCGAGCCGAAGCUCUUCCCUUCCCGUUCCUGUUUCUCUGAAUUCCUGCGUUACUCGUUCACGUGUGCGGGACCCCGGCACGGCCCCGGUGUCCCCGGGCCGGGGGGAGCGGGGACAGCCCCCAGACCCUUGGGGGCUGCGGGAUUUGUGUGUCCGGGCACGCUUUGGUGACUUCCCCGGCUUCCAGCUGCCCUUGUUCGCAGCAGCGGAGAAGAUGGAGGGGAUGCGGUGGAAGGGGAACUCUUCAGGAAAACCAUCCUGA